AUGACACGCUUUAAGUUAGUUUCACAUACUAAAGUAGUCAAGCUUCUAAAUGGUUUAUCCAAUUCGAAAGCAACUGGUCUUGAUAAAAUAUCUGGAAAGAUCUUAAAAACUGCAGCCCCUACUAUUGCCUUAUCACUCACACGCAUCUUUAAUCAUGCUAUCAUAACAAGCUGUUUUCCAUAUGAAUGGAAAGCUGCUAGACUUCUACCACUUCAUAAAAAGG